UGUACCAAAAUUAGAAGCAAUAACUCAAUUUUGACUUAUUAUAGUGCAUUAUCGUGCAAAAUAAAGCAUCAAAUACGUUAUUAAACAAAUAUUAUGGGCAUGCUUAUUGUAUGAAAUUCAUCAAUUUUCUUCUCAGAACUCAAUCAGUAUCAUUAGCUUGCUAGCAGCUAACGUUAAACACAACAACAGACUCGUCGCUUCGGUCGCCUGCUCAUUCAUCAGAUUUACUCUCAUACGUCUGACACGUCUGAUCUAAUUCUCUUACUGUACGUGUAUGAAUGCAGUGUGUAUCUGACGCAGUUAGUCAGACAUUCAUUGUGAAUUGUGUAAAGUGAAUGUUAACGUUACUUGAUCUGUAGCUAAAGCGAACAACCUCAAAUGGAUUUAUUUGAUGAUCUUCCAGAACCUACAAACGACCCAGGUCCAGUUAAAACCAAAGCUGCAGAGGAGAGCGAGGAGCAAGAUGAAGAUCGAGGAGAGAAGAGGAAGCGAGAUCAAGGGAGCUCUGAGGAGGAGACGCAGGUGGAAGACAAAACUCAGGAGGCAAAGAAAGUUUGUAAAGAUCAAGUCAGGCUGACGGGGUUUGUUGCAGCGAGACGUGGAGAGAGAGAAGAGAUGCAGGACGCACACGUAAUGCUUCCAGACAUGACCGCGAGUGUCACGAAUCUCCCCUCACAAGUGUCACAGCUUGCAUACUUCGCUGUGUUUGACGGUCAUGGUGGAGCUCGGGCAUCUCGGUUCGCUGCAGAGAAUCUUCAUCACGCGCUGGCCAGCAAAUUUCCUAAAGGUGACGUCGAGAAUUUGGAGAAGCUGGUGAGGAAGUGUUUGCUGGACACCUUUCGUCAAACGGAUGAAGAAUUUUUGAAGAAAGCCUCCAGCCAGAAGCCUGCAUGGAAGGACGGCUCCACAGCUACAUGUAUGUUGGUGGUUGAUGAUGUUCUUUAUGUAGCAAACCUGGGAGACAGUAGAGCGGUGAUGUGUCGUUUGGAGAAGGCUGGGGAUUCUGGGAAGAGAAAGUUUGUGACUCUGGCUCUCAGUAAAGAACACAACCCCACUAUUUAUGAGGAGCGCAUGAGGAUUCAGAAAGCGGGUGGCACGGUCAGGGACGGGCGAGUGCUCGGUGUGCUGGAGGUCUCUCGAUCUAUAGGUGACGGCCAGUAUAAAAGGUGCGGGGUGAUUUCCACUCCAGACAUACGCCGCUGUCAGCUUAGUCAAAACGACAAAUUUGUUCUUCUGGCAUGUGAUGGGCUUUUUACGGUCUUCUCUCCAGAAGAGGCAGUUCAGUUCGUGCUCAACGUUCUAGAGAAUGAGACCGUAGAGGUUAAAGAGGGGCAAACUGAAGAGGCGGUGCGAUAUGAGGCUGCAUGUCAGCGAUUGGCCAGUGAGGCAGUGAGGCGGGGCUCUGCAGACAAUGUCACUGUUAUUCUCGUCUCCAUUGAGUUUUGAAGUUGUUGUAUACACAUGCAAGCACAUACAGACCCUCUUCUGUUACACAAACACACACACUGAUAAAUGCAUGGAUUCUGGGACGGUAAUGAAAAAGAAAAAUUAUUAUUGACUCUCAACUCGACUUCUGAAAAUGCUGUGUCUGAUAUAAGUUUUUGUGUUUUUUGGCAUAAAAACGAAAUAAACUUUUUAUACUGGCUCACAUUAUCUGUCUUUACUUAC